GUAGAAAUGAAAGCAAUACAUAUAAAUAUAAUGAAUAGUUAAUGAAUGUGGGCGGCUAAGAUUGGGGAGUUUAGUGAGAGGAGAGCCAGGCGGGCUGACUAGAGACGACGGGCGUCGCCGUCGGGCUGGUAGACACGUGUGGCUUGUGCAGGUCACCAUGGUGUACUUCGUGUGUUCCACGUGUGGCACCUGCCUGAAGAAGAACCAGGUCACCACGCACUGGUUCAAGUGCAAGAGGGGCAAGAAUGUGUCGUGCAUGGACUGUGGCAAGGACUUCUGGGGAGAAGACUAUGCCAACCAUGUGAAAUGCAUAUCAGAGGAUCAGAAGUAUGGGGGAAGCAACUAUGUUUACAAGGAGAAUAAAGGAGAGAAGAAGCAAGAGGAAUGGGUAAUGAGAAUCAAGGAAAAAGUGGCCAACUCCCAAAACAUGGAUCCACAGUUGAGGGGGUUGUUGCAGAAUAUCAUCUACUUUACUAACAUUCCCCGCAAGGAGGCCAAAUUUAGGAACUUUAUGAGGAGUUCUUGCAGGGUGAAUAAUACGAAACUAGUGGAUAAAGUGUGGGAGGUUUUCAAAGAUGCCAACUCCAAAAAUGACAAUAUCACUACUACUAAUGGUGCUAAGAAUGGUGUGACAGAAUUAAACAAUAGUGACAAGAAAAGCACUGGUGAAAUUAUUCAGGAAACACAUAAUGAAACAGACAUUAAUUGUAGUAAUGGUACUGCAAAGCUGAACAAAAGGGAAAGGAAGGAGUUGAGGAGAGAAAAGCAAAAUAAGAAGUCCAAGAAAGAUAAGCAUGGUUUACACAAUAAUGAUACAAAAUCCGAAACUCAGAGAAAGAUCAACAAUGAGGAAGCAGAACCUAAUUUAGAAACUGCAGAGCCAAAAAAGAAAAAGAAGAAGAAAAGGAAAGGAGAUGAUUCAUUAGUGGAAGAGGAGCAGGUCAAAGAAACAGUUGAGCCAAAGAAGAAGAAAAAGAAGAAAGGAAAUGAUUUGCAAGAGGAAAGCAUUCUUAUCACCAAUGAAAACCAUGUCAUGCAUGAAGAAAAUGAACAAGCACAGCCACAUCCCACAUCAGUCUUCAAGUGGACUGUUGCCAUCAAAAAAGUUCUCCAGGAUGCCCCUGAGGAAGGCUUGAAGGUCAGUAAGCUGCAGAGGAAGGUAUUUGCCCUUUACUAUGCUGCCCAUGGGGAAGAUGUAAAAUCUAAAGCAGAAUUAAUACCUAUAUUGCAUAAGAAAUUAAAUAAAAGAAAUAAUUUUGUAAUGUUCAAAGAUAAAGUUAAAUUACAAAAACUGUAGGUAUAGUUUUUGUUGAUUAAGCUAAGCAGAUUGAUGUACGUACCUGAAAAGGAUUAUUAUGAUUUCAGUUAUUUCAUACUGGCAAUGCCUUCAGGAAAGAUUUAGCAGGGUAACAUGUACUGUAUGGAAUGGUUAUUCAAGGAAAUGAAUAGCUGGUUGGCAAAGUGCACUUUCAUCACUUUUCAUUUGAAUUGGUUUGAAUGUUGUUACCAUGAUGGCAGAAUUAAUUGUAUGAUGCUUAGCUAUUUUUCAAAUAUUAAACUGCAUGUUUGUAAUGCCAACAUCCAUCACUGAUGCAUCAGCACCAUUCCAGUGUAGUGAAGCUGUAAUUCAGUAUUGCCCUUCAGCAAGUAAUCUCCACACAAUUGUGAGACGUUAAUUUGUGGAUGUCAGGCUCACACAUUUGGAAGAUUAUUUAACUUGCAUUAAAUUGGAAUUUUAGUUCUUUUUAGCAUCUGACUAGUUCGUUUUCCUUUUCUUGUUUAUUAUUAUUAUUAAUAUUAUUACUAUUAUUUAUUUUUAUUUAUUUAUUUAUUAUUUAUUUAUUUUUUUUUUUCUUGUAUUCCUCAAAUUAGGAGUUUGUUUUUAAUGUGUUCUACACAUUGAUGGGUUUCAGUUACUAGCUCUGUGUUUGCUUUUGUUUUUAGAAUAAAUCAAUUUUAAGAAUGAAUUUGUAUAAGUACUCUUGAGUUUUUUUAAGUGUUUUAAGUGAGACAGUGUGCUCAAUUGCAGCAGCAGCAGCAGCAGCUCACCAUAAGGCUGCUUGCUGUGUCUCUGGCAUUUUACUGAAGGUCAGCAGCAGCUUAUUGGUAAUAUGUAUUUUUAUGUAGUAUGGUACAAUUUGGGUGUUUCACUGUACAUCUCAGUAAAUCACAGCCUGAUAAGUGACCGUGAUGUAACUUGGCAGACUUUAGGAAUGCAUCACUAGGUGCUGCUUGUAUACUGAGAUGGAAUUAUAUCAGUGGAAGUUACUGAUUGAUCUUCACAUUAUUCAGCUCCUGGAUUCAUUUUAUAUUUACUGAUGGAUUUGUACCAGAUCAUUAAUGCUGAGUGUCCAAGAUUGUAUUAACAGGCUGCAGAAGAAAAUUUAACAAUUUUUGGUUAACUUUUCAUGAUUUAUAACCUAUAAAUAAAAGUCAAGAUUGGUAAA